AUGGCGAAGGGCGCCAGGGCCGUGGGAGCUCCACCGUCGCUGGGACGGACAGACGGACGGAGGGCGGGAGGGGUGGAGGCUGAGCUGCCCCCCCGGGUUGGCACGGCUGGCCAGGGAGGGUACCCACAGCCAGGGGGGUACCCACAGCCAGGGGGGUACCCAGCAGCUGGGGGGUAUCCCCAGCCAGGGAUGGCCAUGCCCACCAUGCCUAUCCGAUUUGGUGAUGAUGGCAUCGGUGAUGGCUCCCCCUUCCAAUCAGCCAACUGGGAUGACAAGAAAGUCCGGCACACCUUCAUCCGCAAGGUCUAUGCCAUCAUCUCCCUGCAGCUGCUGGUGACAGUGGGGAUCAUUGCCGUGUUCACCUUUGUCUCCCCCGUCCGCUCCUUUGUCCAGAGGAAUGUUGCGAUCUAUUACGCCUCAUAUGCCGUGUUCCUGGUGACCUACUUGGUGCUGGCCUGCUGCCAGGGUCCCCGGAGACGCUUUCCCUGGAACAUCAUCCUGCUGAGCAUCUUUACGCUGGCCAUGGGGCUGAUGACAGGGACGAUCGCCAGUAUGCACAGGACCAACGCGGUCCUGAUUGCCAUGCUCAUCACUGCCAUUGUGGCCAUCAUUGUCACCAUCUUCUGCUUCCAGACCAAGGUUGAUUUUACAUCGUGUCCAGGGCUCUUCUGUGUGCUGGGCAUCGUGGUCAUGGUGACUGGAAUUGUCACCGCUAUUGUCCUCUCUUUCAAAUAUGUCCCCUGGCUCCACAUGCUGUAUGCAGCCAUCGGUGCCAUCGCCUUCACCCUGUUCCUUGCCUACGACACCCAACUUGUGCUGGGGAACAGGAAGAACACACUGAGCCCUGAGGAGUAUGUCUAUGGUGCCCUCACCAUCUACACUGACAUCAUCUACAUCUUCACCUUCAUCCUGCAGAUCGUAGGCCGGGAUUAGCCCUGGGACCCCUCCUGUUAUUCCCCCUC